AUGCAAUUGUUUUCUGUUGCUCAGUCGACCAAACAAAUUUGUCCAGCGAAUCAAUUUCUACUGCUCCUGCGGUCAUGGAUCGACUCAACUGGGGCCAGCAAAGAGCCUGCAGCCCCGCAACUUACUUUUCUUCAUCACCCAAUUCUGGAAUCGCCUCGGCUAGUCUGUCUCCGGGCUUGGGACAAGUAUCUGUCUCUUUGCCAUCAUCUUUAUCGACUACCUCUCUUCUAUCCAUCUCUCAACGCCGCCUUCGGCAGAUUGAAGACCCCGUGCUGCGUUUAA